GUGUUUGCGCUGCGGGCAGAGAAAGGAGCCGAGCCCCGCAGCGGCCCAACCGAGCCCGUCGCCCGCCCCGCGCCCAGCCAUGUCGGACCAGGAAGCAAAGCCUUCAGCUGAGGACUUAGGAGAUAAGAAAGAGGGGGAAUACAUUAAACUCAAAGUCAUUGGGCAGGACAGCAGUGAAAUUCACUUCAAGGUGAAAAUGACAACACACCUCAAGAAACUCAAAGAAUCAUACUGUCAAAGACAGGGUGUUCCAAUGAACUCACUCAGGUUUCUCUUCGAGGGUCAGAGAAUUACUGAUAAUCAUACCCCCAAGGAGCUGGGGAUGGAGGAGGAAGAUGUGAUUGAAGUUUAUCAGGAACAGACGGGGGGUCACUCAACAGUUUAGAUCCUUCUGUUUGUUUUAUUUCCCCUUAAUCCUUUUUUAUUUUUAAAUAAUAGUUCUUUUGUAAUGUGGUGUUCAACACUGAAUUGAAACUGGCACCCCAUCUCUGGGAGUUUAUUUUCAAGCGUCUGGUAUUUUAAAUUCUCGUGCUCAUUAUACACUAUUGUUUCUGUUUUCAUUGUGCUGAACUUCUGUGAUCCAGCUGCAGCCCUGCUCUCCUUUUCCCUUCCGCCCUCCCCUUUAGAAAUACAUGUACACACAUGCAUUUGUAUGUUCACUAGGUUCGUGCAUUUCAGGCACGAAGGUUGUAAGAUCUGCCAGGUGGGCGAGUGUUCUUAAUGACUUCCAUAUCUGCCCUGAAGUUUUGAUGUGUGACUGUUUCACUCCUGGACUAUAACUUUCAGUGCGAGAUGAAGUUUUUCAGAACUAAACUGUGGAGAAAUCAUGUAUCCAUAACUCAGAGCUUUUUUGCUUAAAUUGUGCUGAUGGCCCAACGGAGAAGAUCAGAGUUGGAAAUGAAAAAGCUAGAACCGUUGUCAUCUGUACCUUGCUCCAGAGAUGGCUUUGCUGAAGACAUAGAAUUGAAAACCCUAAUGAUUCUUAAAUCUUGCCAGAAGAGCCCAGAAGCAUUUUAACUUCAUAUAGCAAUUAGUUCACGCAGGUAUUCUUGCAAGAAUGUUCACAGCAGGCAACUGGUGUUACUUUGACACUCUUGUUUGUACCUUUUGGCCUGGGACAUGGGUUUUGAAUGGACAUUGUCUGUACCAGCUUCAUUUAAAAUAAACAAGAAAAACGAUUUUAUAAACAAUUUGCAUUUUCUUUUCAAAUGUUUGGAAAUGAACAAAAAUGUGAAAGGAGAUAACUGGGGCUUUCCUUUCCAGUACCUCUACAUAGAAGGCAGAAAAGAAGUUGUGGUCCGUAAACAUACCUCAUAUAAAAGCAUUUACUUUUUUCUACUUGCAUGAGCAAUAUACUUACUGGUUUGGAUAGCAGGUGACUCUUUAAGACUACUAGCUGUUUCUUGUCCUCUUAGGGAAUGGUCACAUAGUUACUUACUGCUUCACUUCAUGCACGAAAGUUAGAGUGAAAACGCAACUUGGAAGAGAAUACAAAGGUGUAAUGUCUACAUUUCAUAUGAUUAUGGUACUAAUGAGUGAUCUCUCUAUGAUGGAUGACAUGUAAAUGAUAAGAUGCCUCAGCAUACUUGAGGGUUGUCUUCAUGUUGUAGCCAGUUGCUGGUUCCAAAUAGUCUGAGAACCUUUGAUUGGGUCUGAUAGCUCAGAUGGAAGGUUAUAAGCAGGGCAGGGUAGAGAAGGUUUCUGCAUUGUCCCUACUUCAGCUUUUCAGCAGGUGGAUAGGACUUGUUCCUGGCUUGGUUUUGUAAAUCAAGUUCAUUUAUGAGUGACAGAUAAAUUUAAAAGCAUUUUAGUGCUGGCGUACCUGGAAGAAAUUGCAGAUGAGCUGUCUGUGAUCAGUUUUUAUGGCUCUUGCUGUAAAGCUAUACAGGAACUUUCAUGCUUGUUGUUUGUCUGAUUUUUUUUUAUUUACUAAUACUUUUGUAUGCGUAGUGGCACUGAUUUUUAGAAGAUUAAAACGUUUGAUUAAUAAAGGUUAGAAUAUGGGUCUUCAAUCUUAAAGUGUUCUAUAUAAUUCAAUUCUUCCUACUGUGAUGUACGACAACGUGGCUUCUUUGGACUUAGCUCCAAUUGCUUUUUGAGAACACUAAACGUACCCGCUUCAGAAUACCAGAAAUAAAACAGCCUUGUGAUUACUAUCAGAUCAUCUCUAAUUUAAUUUUUGUAAUGCUCUUGUUAGUAGACAAGUUCUCAUUAUCCCACUUCUUCAAAUUAGGAACAGAGGCACAGGGGACAGUGGUUUACUGAGGUCACUCAGGAAACUGAAGGUGGAGAUGAGAAAAUAAUCCAGUUCCCCCGUGUUUGAUGCUAGUACUGUUGCUGCAUCAGCUUUCUUUGGUUCCUGCUGUUCACUUUACUCUUCUGAGUCUGCUUUAUAUGCUCUUCCAUACCAGUUUUCUAGUUUUGAAGCACUGCCUCACUGAGGGAUAUGGAGGAGAGCUUCCUGCCAAAUGCUAUUUCAGCUUCAGUGAAAUGAAGCUCAAGGCUAAGGUUGGUUUUUUGGUUUUUUUUUCCUGUUGUAUAACAUUCUCCUGAAACAUGUCUGUUCAUAGAGUGGACAUGGUACCUGUGGCAAAAUGACUUGACCCCUUUUUGAUCUGUUGCCAAGCAUCAAGGAACAGAGCUGCUGAUCUAAAGCAAUGUCUGUACAGUUGCAACUGUUUGUGGAACAGUAAUAACAGGAAAACUGUACUUUGACUACAAGAUUAGUAUGGAGAGCUUCAUGUAAAACGUGAGGAUAAACAAGCUACACAUGCAUUGGUACCUUUUAAGGAACUUCAUUUUUUGGAAGUUGUGCUUCGAAAUAAUAAAUUUUUGAAGUUGAGAGGA